AUGGCUGAAGCCGUGGGAACUGCCCUCGCCGUAGUAGGCGUUCUCGGCCAACUCUUCGACGGCUGCGUCAGAGCCUACAGCCUCUUCACCGCAGCAGCCAACCUUGACACAGAUAGCCAGAGACUUCUAUGUAAAGUACGCAUUGAGGAGAUGCGCCUGGUCGUCUGGGGCCGGGACUGGGGUGUUGCGGAGGGAAGACUUGAAGCUCAUCUUGGAAGCACAAGGAAUCCCCAGCUGAGGAGUUUGGCACUUCAAAUCCUCGAGGAGUUACAUAGCGCGGUCACAGGCUUCAAGAAACUGAAGAACAGAUACGGGCUAGUUGACGAGGGGAGAGCCAGCUUGGAAGUCACUGGAUCGAAGCCAAGAAAGUCGCCUUCACCCUCAAGAAAGAGAUCGAAAGAUGAUGAGAGUCGCGGCAUGAAUUGUGUUUCAAGAGUACCAAGUGAGAGGAAUUGGGGCAAGGAGAUGGGUUUAAGAGCAAGAUGGGUUAUAGCAGAUAAAGACAAGUUCAUAAACCUGCUAAGGGACCUGGGGGACCCCUCCUAA